UGUCCCGCCCUGAGACCCCCGGGGUUGGGGAGAGGGUGAAAUGGACUAGGGGCGGGGGGACCUUGGUAAACUUGAGUGAAGCUCACAGUACCUUUGUCUUGGGAUAUGGAGUGUGUGUCACUUGUUCGGAUUCUGGUGUUUUUUAUUUUUUAUUUUUGGAUAUGUGUGUGGAUGUGUAUUUGAUUUCUUUUAUUCUACUCUAGGUAUCUUUGGAUAUUUGAGUCUUUGAGUGUGUGUGCAUGUCCUUUGAAACUGUGCAUCGUUUGUGUUCUGUGUCUUUGGAUAUGUAGGUAUUCCUGUAUUUAUGUGCAAAUUUUUGUGUGAAUAUGGGUGGAUUUGUUUCUACACUGAGUAUAUGUGUAUCUUUGUGUAUUUGAAUAUGUGGUAUUUUAGAUGUUGGUUUCUAUAUUAUUGUGUAUCUUUGUGACUGUGUGUGUGUAUCCUGUGUGAAUCUGUGUGAUUUCUUUGUAGAGUGUAUUUGAAUUGUAUGUGAUCUGUGUUGUGUAUUUGGAUAUGUGUGUAAGUGCUUAUAUGGGUAGUUUGUUUUAACAUUUUUUCUCUUAACAUUUGUGUACCUGUGUGUGUGUCUUUGGAUGCAUGAGUGAGUGUGAGUGUCUGUGGUGUGUAAUCUGUUUACAUGUUGUAUGUCUUUGUGUGGGUGAUUAUUUAUGUUGUGUGUCUCUGGAUAUGUGAUGUAUAUUUGUGCAUGGACACGUGUGUGAUCUGUCUGUUUCUACACUAUGGAACUUGCGAGAUCUGUGUUUUUCAGUAGAUAUUUGUGUGUGCCCAUAUGUGAGAUGUGUCUGUUUCUCCCUUUGUGAGUCUUGGGAUAUGUCUCUCUUUGUGUGUGAAUCCUGUGUGAGUAUGUGCGAUACAUUUGUGUUGUGGAUUUGGAUAUGUGCCUGAAUGGAUGUGUCCUGGUGUAUCUUUAUCUGUUUCUAUAUUGUAUCCACACCUUGGCUCGAGGCCCGCUUGAGUCCCGGGUUGGGGGCUCCUGGGUCCCCACCGGAGGGGAGAGCCUAGGCGAGGACUUCUACCGCGAGGCCAUCGAGCACUGCCGCAGCUACAACGCGCGCCUGUGCGCCGAGCGCAGCCUGCGCCUGCCCUUCCUCGACUCGCAGACCGGCGUGGCCCAGAACAACUGCUACAUCUGGAUGGAGAAGACCCACCGCGGCCCGGGUUUGGCCCCCGGACAGAUCUAUACGUACCCGGCCCGCUGUUGGAGAAAGAAACGGAGGCUCAACAUCCUGGAAGACCCCAGACUCCGGCCCUGCGAGUACAAGAUCGACUGUGAAGCACCGCUGAAGAAGGAGGGUGGCCUCCCCGAAGGGCCAGUCCUUGAGGCUCUCCUGUGUGCCGAGACAGGGGAGAAGAAGAUAGAGCUGAAGGAGGAGGAGACCAUUAUGGACUGCCAGAAACAGCAACUACUGGAGUUUCCGCAUGAUCUUGAAGUGGAAGACCCAGAGGAUGACAUGCCCAGGAGGAAGAACAGGGCCAAAGGAAAGGCAUACGGCAUCGGGGGGCUCCGGAAACGCCAGGACACCGCUUCCCUGGAGGACCGAGACAAGCCGUAUGUCUGUGAUAUCUGUGGGAAACGGUAUAAGAACCGGCCAGGGCUCAGCUACCACUACACCCACACCCACCUGGCUGAGGAGGAGGGGGAGGAGAACGCCGAACGCCACGCCCUGCCCUUCCACCGGAAAAACAACCAUAAACAGUUUUACAAAGAAUUGGCCUGGGUCCCUGAGUCACAGAGGAAACACACAGCCAAGAAGGCGCCUGACGGCACUGUCAUCCCCAACGGCUACUGCGACUUCUGCCUGGGGGGCUCCAAGAAGACAGGGUGUCCUGAGGACCUCAUCUCCUGUGCGGACUGUGGGCGAUCAGGACACCCCUCGUGUUUACAGUUCACGGUGAACAUGACGGCGGCCGUGCGCACCUACCGCUGGCAGUGCAUCGAGUGCAAGUCCUGCAGCCUGUGUGGCACCUCGGAGAACGACGGUGCCAGCUGGGCGGGUCUCACCCCCCAGGACCAGCUGCUGUUUUGUGACGACUGCGAUCGGGGUUACCACAUGUACUGCCUGAGUCCCCCCAUGGCGGAGCCCCCGGAAGGGAGCUGGAGUUGUCACCUCUGUCUUCGGCACCUGAAAGAGAAGGCGUCUGCCUACAUCACCCUCACCUAGGCCUGGCUCUGGCUCGCCCGGACCUCUGGGGUGAUGCCUGCCUACCUGCCUCUCCUCUUGGAGCUCCUCCACUCUCUCCCCAUCCUUAACGCCCCACAGUGGGAGGGGCGGGGGAGCCAGAGAGGGGGCCGGGCCACCCCCUCCCCUCUGAGCAAGUGGAAUGUUUGCCCUGUGGGUUGGUGGGCCCAGCAGGGUCCUCUCCCUUCCUCCCUCCUUCCUCACCCCCUUGGCAAAUGGGUACCAGGGCCUUCUGCUCCCCUCAAAGCCAUACCCCGCCUCUAGGCGGGCACGAGGGGUGGUGGAUGCCGGCUGGGGGCAUGGACAAAGCCUUUUUCUAAAGAAAAAGUCAAAAACUUAAAAAAAAAGAGAGAAAUUAAUAUAUAACAAAGAGUCCUAUAAGGUCUGGCUGGGUGGAGGGGGCACUGCUGAGCGCAUCUACUGGGCACCAGUCUACGCCAGCGUCCUGCCUGGCGGCCCCUCCCCCCAGCCCCUGGAGUUGCAGCUGUCCCACCUCCCCACCCAAGACGGGCACCAUCCCCUCCUUGUGCCCUGGGCCGGGGGGCGUGGUGUCCACCCCUCGCCCCCUCUCGGUGCCCACCGUGGAUACUGCAUGACGACGUGAACCAUGGUUUUGAAUUCCGUUCCUGCUCCCUCCCCGAGAGCCCUGCCCGCCUGCCCGUGCCCACUCCGUGCCUGCCGGCCUUGGCUGGCUGUCGCCGGUGGGGCGAGGCGGGCCCCUGCCCAGCGCCUGCUGGAAUGAGAAGCACAGACUCUGCAAUGGACUAGAUUCUCCCCCUUCCCCUCCCUGCCCCUCCCUGCCACCCUCGCGGGCCACUUUCGGGUCACGAGGGGGCGUGGUUGUUUCUUGUGGUUGUGUGUGUUUGUUGUUCGGGUUUAAAAAAAAAAAGGGAAAUCGAGACUGCAAGUGGGGGAAGUGGUGGGCUUGGGGGAGUCUCCCCCCAAUCCAGGCGUGCCCACCCCCCCUUGUCAACGAGUCUCCUUUAUUGCCUGCCUCUGCUGUGAAUUAACUUGUUCUGUGUAUUAAAGUGGGGCUGACCCCUCUGCCCACAUCAUUGGC